AUGACUUCUAUAUCAUUUGGGAAGGAAAACUCUGGCCUCCAGGCUGGUAUUGUGAAUGGGAAUGUCACUGCACAGUUCUAUCUUCCCGCGGAGCGACCGGAAACCCCACCAAAACCUCUAUCGACCGUCCCGUUCCGUCGCGAUCCAGACUUUGUUGAUCGUGGAAGGUUGCUCUAUCAGAUACAUGAAAAAAGCUCUACACCAGGUGCUCGGAUAGCUCUUGUCGGCCUAGGUGGCGUGGGAAAAUCGCAACUUGCUAUCGAAUACUGUUAUCGAGUUCGAGAUCGAUCGCCCGAAACAUGGGUUUUCUGGAUUCACGCGAGCAAUGCAACUCGUUUCGAGCAAAAUUGCCGGGAGAUCGCCGACCGAGUCAAGAUACCCGGCCGGCAGAACUCAAGGAUGAAUGUAUCCAAACUCCUUUACGACUGGCUAAAUGAUGCGAUGACCGGGGAAUGGGUUCUUGUUCUGGAUAAUCUUGACGAUGAUGAAUUCCUCCAUGCGAUAUCUUCGGUGGAGCAGGAUGGCCUUAGGGGUGAUCAAAGCGAUGUGCUAGGCCGAUCGAUCUGGUCGUAUUUCGCUCAGAGCUUGAAAGGCUCUAUCAUUAUAACAAGCCGGAGCAGAAGUGUGGCAUUAAGAAUAGUGGAAGAUUAUGACAUUAUUCAAGUGGAACCGAUGGACGAAACCCAUGCAAUAUCGCUCUUUGAGAAGAAGCUCGGAGCACAAGCUAAUAGAGAAGAUGUCAUUCAGCUGACUACGGCACUGGAGUUUAUGCCGCUUGCGAUUGUGCAAGCGGCGGCCUACAUCAAGCAAAGGGCACCACGCCAGUCAGUCACACAAUAUCUAGAAAAGUUUCAAAGGAAUGAUCGUCAGAAGAUCGGUCUUCUCGAUUAUGAGGGAGGAAAUCUCCGCAGAGACCCAGGAGCCAAAAACUCUAUCCUUGUGACAUGGCAAUUAUCAUUUGACUACAUUCGAGAAAAGAGGCCAUCGGCGGCGGAUAUGUUGUCUCUCAUGAGCUUCUUCGAUAGACAAGGGAUUCCUGAUAGUGUGCUUCGUGAGAAUAACGGAACGAGAUGCGAUAUCAGAAGCCUACCUACGCAUGACAGGGAUGAGGCAAAUAAUAUCAGUGACAGGGAGGACAGUGGAAGUGAAUCUAGUGAAGUCGAUAUCUUUGAGGACGACAUAGUUGUGCUAAGAGACUACUCGCUGAUAUCAAUCAGUGCAGAUGGAACGAACUUUGAGAUGCACCGACUAGUCCAAUUAGCCACGCAAAAAUGGCUCAAGGCACACAAACAGCUUGAAAGGUGGAAGGGAUGUUUUAUUCGACGGCUUUGCAGAAGUUUCCCAGCGGGGACAUUCGAACACUGGCCGAGGUGCCAAUUACUGUUUGCCCAUGUGCUAUGUGCUAUCAAACAACAGCCUAAUAGUGAAGCCUUGUUAGAAGAAUGGGCAUUACUGCUGCAUAAAGCAGCGUCAUUUGCACUGGCACGAGGGAAUUUCGUCGAUAGCGAAACAAUGGCAGAGAAGUCAACAGCAGCAAGGGGAAGAUUACUCGGGCCAGAGCAUCCCGACACUCUGAUCAGCAUGUCUAACCUGGCCUCGACGUACCACAAUCAAGGACGAUGGAAGGAGGCUGAUGAACUAGGAGUACAGGUGGUAGAGGGCUCCAACCUGGCCUCGAUGUAUCGGUAUCAGGGACGAUUCCAAGAAGCUGAAGAGCUAGAGGUGCAGGUUAUAGAGGUGAUAGAGACCCGCGAGCAGGUGCUCGGGCCAGAGCAUCCUGACACUCUGACCAGCAUGUCUAACCUGGCAUCAAUCCACCGGAAUCAGGGACGAUUCAAGGAAUCUGAAGAGCUAGAGGUGCAGGUGAUAGAGAGAUUUAAGCGGGUACUCGGGCCAGACCAUCCCCACACUCUGAUCAGCAUGGCGAACCUGGCCUCUACGUACCGGUAUCAGGGACGGUUUAAGGAAUCUGAAGAGCUAGAUGUGCAGGUGAUGGAGAUCCGCAAGCAGGUGCUCGGGCUAGAGCAUCUCUCAACCUUGACCAGCAUAGCCAACCUGGCCUCGACAUACUGGAGUCAGGGACGAUUCCAGGAAGCUGAAGAGCUAGAGUUGCAGGUGAUGGAGAGCUCUAAGCAGGUGCUCGGACCAGACCAUCCCGACACUCUGACUAGCAUGGCCAAGCUGGCCUCUAAGUACCAGGAUCAGGGACGAUUCCAAGAAGCCGAAGAGCUAGAGGUGCAGGUGAUGAAGGGCUAUAAGCAGGUGCUUGGGCCAGAGCAUCCAGAUAGUCUAAUCAGCAUAGCCAACCUGGCCUCGACAUACUGGUGCCAGGGACGAUUCAAGGAAGCCGAAGAGCUAGAGUUGCAGGUGAUGGAAAGCUCUAAGCAGGUGCUCGGACCAGACCAUCCCGACACUCUGACCAGCAUGGCCAACCUUGCUCAAACCCUCAGGUCAUCAGGUCAAGAUAAACCUGCUUUGCUGUUGAUGGCCGAAUGCGUUCGACUCCGCGACCGAAAACUAGGCCCUGACCACCCGGAUACUGUGUCUUCAAAGUCUGCUCUAAACAAGUGGCGUGGGAUAGGUGCCCCCCCUUCGUCCCAAUCUACGGAAGGACCGACUGAAACAAAAGAAGAGGAACAAACCAAACCCAAUUCCACGGAAUCCGACGAGCGAGUGUCUAGAACUGGGCGGACAUCGUAA